AGAAAGGAAGGAAAGGGACAUUUGACCAAGGUUUUGAGGGCUGAGUAGGGGUUUGAGAGGUAGAGGGGAUUGGGAGGGUGCAUGCUGAGUGAGAAAAGGUGCUGGGAGAUGGGUAACAGCAGUGUGUGUGGAGAAACUCAGUUGUGGCUGAAGAAUAGGGUCCAGGGGUGGAGGAGAAGGAAAGUGGCUGGACACAGAGGUGUGUUGUGUGUAGGGUCGGCAUGAAGAGGAGCGGAUAGGGCAAAGCUAGAAGGGUUGGGCAAGGGGAAAUGGGAUUGGAGACGCGACUGGCGCUGACCCAAGACAGGACAGAUAGGGUGACCAGAGUGGAGGAUUAGCCAAGCCUUGGCACAGACCCAAGCGGGUGGAGGCCCCGGGCAACACCAGUCACCACGAGGGCCUCUCCCAAGGGCUCUGUCCUCCCACGGGGAUUGGAGGUGGGUAAGGGAGACCGGGCGGGGUGGAGGAUGAGGCCAGGCAGCUGCGGAGAGAGAAAGUCCCACCCCUGCGGGCGUUCCUUGCCGGCCGGCCGACCUCGCAGGCUUGGGCCUGGGCGGGCACCGACGGAGCGGCCCUGGGUGCAGCCUCCCGGCGCCCGCGAAGACAGGCUGAGAUGCGGCUGCUCCUGCUCCUGCCGCUGCUGCUGGCUCCAGCGCCCGGGUCCUCGGCUCCCAAGGUGAGGCGGCAGAGUGACACCUGGGGACCCUGGGGCCAGUGGAGCCCCUGCACCCGGACCUGUGGAGGGGGCGUCAGUUUCCGGGAGCGCCCCUGCUACUCCCAGAGGAGAGAUGGAGGCGCCAGCUGCGUGGGCCCCGCCCGGAGCCACCGCUCUUGUCGCACUGAGAGCUGCCCCGAUGGCGCCCGGGACUUCCGGGCCGAGCAGUGCGCGGAGUUCGACGGAGCUGAGUUCCAGGGGCGGCGGUACCGGUGGCUGCCCUACUACGGCGCCCCAAACAAGUGUGAACUGAACUGCAUUCCCAAGGGGGAGAACUUCUACUACAAGCACAGGGAGGCUGUGGUCGACGGGACGCCCUGCGAGCCUGGCAAGAGGAAUGUCUGUGUGGAUGGCAGCUGCCGGGUUGUCGGCUGUGAUCACGAGCUGGACUCAUCCAAGCAGGAGGACAAGUGUCUGCAGUGUGGGGGUGACGGCACGACCUGCUACCCCGUCACAGGCACCUUUGACGCUAAUGACCUCAGCCGAGGCUACAACCAGAUCCUCAUAGUUCCCGCGGGUGCCACCAGCAUCCUCAUCGAGGAGGCUGCUGCCAGCAGGAACUUUCUGGCCGUGAAGAAUGUUCGCGGGGAAUACUACCUCAACGGGCACUGGACCAUCGAGGCGGCCCGGGCCCUGCCGGCAGCCAGCACCAUCCUGCAUUACGAGCGGGGUGCUGAGGGGGACCUGGCCCCUGAGCGGCUCCAUGCCCGGGGCCCCACCUCGGAGCCCCUGGUCAUUGAGCUCAUCAGCCAGGAGCCCAACCCCGGCGUGCACUACGAGUACCACCUGCCCCUGCGCCACCCCGGUCCUGGCUUCAGCUGGAGCCACGGCUCAUGGAGUGACUGCAGCGUGGAGUGUGGCGGAGGUCACCAGUCCCGCCUGGUGUUCUGCACCAUCGACCAUGAGGCCUACCCCGACCACAUGUGCCAGCGCCAGCCACGGCCGGCCGACCGGCGCUCCUGCAACCUUCACCCUUGCCCAGAGACCAAGCGGACUUCUUACCUGCACCGGCCUGGAGCGUGGCGCCUUGCUGGGGCCCAGCGAGUAUGUGGGAACAGCUGGAAGGCAGGGCCAUGGGCGCCCUGCUCGGCCUCCUGCGGAGGAGGCUCCCAGUCCCGCUCUGUGUACUGCAUCUCAUCUGACGGGACCGGCGUCCAGGAGGCUGUGGAGGAGGCUGAGUGUUCCGGGCUGCCUGGGAAGCCCCCUGCCAUUCAGGCCUGCAACCUGCAGCGCUGCACAGCCUGGAGCCCGGAGCCCUGGGGAGAGUGCUCUGUCAGCUGUGGCGUUGGCGUCCGGAGGCGGAGCGUGACUUGCCGGGGUGACGGGGAUUCUUUGCUCCAUACUGCAGCGUGCUCCCUGGAAGACCGGCCACCUCUCAGCGAGCCCUGUGUGCAUGAGGACUGCCCCCUCCUCAGGGACCAGGCCUGGCAUGUCGGCGCCUGGGGUCUGUGCUCCAAGAGCUGCAGCUCGGGCACUCGGAGGCGACAGGUCAUCUGUGCCAUUGGGCCGCCCAGCCACUGCGGGAGCCUGCAGCACUCCAAGCCUGUGGAUGUGGAGCCUUGUAACACGCAGCCCUGUCAUCUCCCCCAGGAGGUCCCCAGCAUGCAGGAUGGGCACACCCCUGCCAGCAACCCCCGAAUGCCAUUGGGCCCUCAGGAGUCCUCUGCCUCGGACUCCAGAGGCCAGUGGUGGGCAGCCCAGGAACACCCCUCAGCCGGGGGUGACCGCAGGGGAGAACGAGGCACCCACCUGUCAGCCCUGGGCCCCGCCCCCUCUCUGCAGCAGCCCCUACACCAGCAACCCCUACAGUCGGGCUCAGGGCCCCAUGACUGCAGACACAGUCCUCAUGGGUGCUGCCCCGAUGGCCACACGGCGUCUCUCGGGCCACAGUGGCAAGGCUGCCCUGGGGUCUCCUGUCAGCAGAGCAGGUACGGGUGCUGCCCUGACAGGGUAUCUGUCGCUGAGGGGCCCCAUCACGCUGGCUGCACAAAGUUGUACGGCAGUGACAGCACCAGGAGCAGGCCCAGGUCAAGGGCAGUGGCUUCUACAGUCCACAACACCCACCAGCCCCAGGCCCAGCAGAAUGAGCCCAGUGAGUGCCGGGGCUCCCAGUUUGGCUGUUGCUAUGACAACGAGGCCGCUGCAGCCGGUCCUCUUGGGGAAGGCUGUGUGGGCCAGCCCAGCCAUGCCUACCCUGUGCGGUGCCUGCUGCCCAGUGCCCAUGGCUCUUGUGCAGACUGGGCUGCCCGCUGGUACUUCGUUGCUUCUGUGGGCCAAUGUAACCGCUUCUGGUAUGGCGGCUGCCAUGGCAAUGCCAAUAACUUUGCCUCGGAGCAAGAGUGCAUGAGCAGCUGCCAGGGAUCUCUCCACGGGCCCCAUCGUCCCCAGCCUGGGGCUUCUGGAAGGAGCACCCACACGGUUAGUGGCAGCAGCAGUCCUGCAGGCGAGCAGGAACCCAGCCAGCACAGGACAGGGGCUGUGGUGCAGAGAAAGCCCUGGCCUUCUGGUGGUCUCUGGCGGCAAGACCAACAGCCUGGGCAAGGGGAGGCCCCCCACACCCAGGCCUUUGGAGAAUGGCCAUGGGGGCAGGAGCUUGAGCCCAGGGCCCCUGGACUGGGUGGAGAUGCCGGAUCGCCAGCGCCACCCUUCCACAGCUCCUCCUACAGGAUCAGCUUGGCAGGUGUGGAGCCCUCCUUGGUGCAGGCAGCCCUGGGGCAGUUGGUGCGGCUCUCCUGUUCAGACGACACUGCCCCGGAAUCCCAGGCUGCCUGGCAGAAAGAUGGCCAGCCCAUCUCCUCUGACAGGCACAGGCUGCAGUCCGAUGGCUCCCUGAUCAUCCACCCCCUGCAGGCAGAGGACGAGGGCACCUACAGCUGUGGCAGCACCCGGCCAGGCCACGACUCCCAGAAGAUCCAGCUUCGCAUCAUAGGAAAUGACAUGGCCGUGCUGUCUGAGGCUGAGCUGAGCCGCAUCCCUCAGCCCAAGGACCCAGGUCAGGACUUCGGCCAAGCGGGGGCUGCUGGGGCCCUGGGGGCCAUCCCCUCUUCACACACACAGCCUGCAAACAGGCUGCGUUUGGACCAGAACCAGCCCCGGGUGGUGGACGCCAGUCCAGGUCAGCGGAUCCGGAUGACCUGCCGUGCCGAAGGCUUCCCGCCCCCAGCCAUUGAGUGGCAGAGAGAUGGGCAGCCUGUCUCUUCUCCCAGACACCAGCUGCAGCCUGAUGGCUCCCUGGUCAUCAGCCGAGUGGCUGUAGAAGAUGGCGGCUUCUAUACCUGUGUCGCUUCCAAUGGGCGGGACCGAGACCAGCGAUGGGUCCAGCUCAGAGUUCUGGGGGAGCUGACAAUCUCAGGACUGCCCCCUACUGUGACAGUGGCAGAAGGUGACACCGCCAGGCUGUUGUGUGUGGUAGCAGGAGAAAGUGUGAACAUUCGGUGGUCCAGGAAUGGGCUACCUGUGCAGGCUGAUGGCCACCGUGUCCACCAGUCCCCAGAUGGCACACUGCUCAUCUACAACUUGCGGGUCAGGGAUGAGGGCUCCUACACAUGCAGCGCCUACCAGGGGAGUCAGGCAGUCAGCCGCAGCACCGAGGUGAAGGUGGUCUCACCAGCACCCACCACCCAGCCCAGGGACCCUGGCAGAGAGUGCAUCGACCAGCCAGAGCUGGCCAACUGUGAUUUGAUCCUACAGGCCCAGCUCUGUGGCAACGAGUAUUACUCCAGCUUCUGCUGUGCCAGCUGUUCACGUUUCCAGCCUCACGCUCAGCCCAUCUAGGGAUGAAGGCUAGUUCCAGCCCCAGUCCAAAAUAGUUCAUAGAGCUGGGAAGAAAGGAAGAUGGACUCUUGGCUUCCUCUCUCUGGCUGGCAAAGGGAGUUAUCUUCUGGAAUACAUUGGCUCUUUCAAAAACCCACCCAGUAUUUAGCCACAACAGCAGCCAGUACCAGCUUCCCUCUGUAGCCUUCAGCAGUGUUUACAUCUCUGACAUAACCACAGGCUGCUGUCAAGAAGAGCAAUCUGUUUGGAUAAGAAUAACCUUUACUUUACAGCUUCCCUUUAUAAUUUCUGUUACACAGGAAUAGUUCAAUGCAUUUGUUUGUUUUUUGAGACUGAGUUUCACUCUCGUUGCCCAGGCUGGAGUGCAAUGGCAUAAUCUCAGCUCACUGCAACCUCCGCCUCCUGGAUUCGUGAUUCACCUGUGUCAGCCUUCUGAGUAGCUAGGAUUACAGAUGCCUACCACCACGCCUGGGUAAUUUUUGUGUUUUUAGUAGAGACGGGGGUUUCACCAUGUUGGCCAGGGUGGUCUCGAACUUCUGACCUCAGAUGAUCUGCCCACCUCAGCCUCCCAAAGUGCUGGGAUUACAGGCAUGAGCCACCAUGCCCAGCCAUCAAUAUAUUUUUUGAUUUUUAAUUUUUUUUUUUUUUUUGAGACAGAGUUUCACUCUUCUUGCCCAGGCUGGAGUACAAUGGUGCGAUCUUGGCUCACCGCAACCUCUGCUUCCUGGGUUCAAGAGAUUCUCCUGCCUCAGCCUCCCGAGUAGCUGGGAUUACAGGCAUGUGCCACUAUGCCUGGCUAAUUUUGUAUUUUUAGUAGAGAUGGGGUUUCUCCAUGUUGGUCAGGCUGGUCUUGAACUCCCGACCUCGGGUGAUCCACCCGUCUCGGCCUCCCACAGUGCUGGGAUUACAGGCAUGAGCCACUGUGCCCGGCCCAUCAGUGUGUUUUAAAGUUAGCUGUCAGGGCUCCACUUAAUUUAAAGCUGGACAGGGAGAUGUGUAAUGAUUUCAAAGUUAACACCUGUUUUUUAAGGGGCAUGCUAACUCUUGCUGUAUCAGGGAAGUAUUCUGUGCUACAACCAGCCGUGGUUCCUUGCUCUAGUCUCUCUCACCCUUCUAGGCAGUGCCUCAGUCAGCUCUAAAUCCGGUGCAGAGGGUUAACUGCAUAACCCUUGUUGGCAAAAUGGAAUAGAUGUAAGACCUCAAACAGGGAUUUCUGAUGAGACAGCAGCAGUUAGCACUGUUAUCUGAGCAUGAAAGAACUAGAAAAGCUCCUUACGUCAUCGAGAUGUUGGACCUUGAAGCCCUCCUGAGGCCAACAUGCAAAUCUGGCUGUGAAGGUUCACCUGCACCUGUAUAAAGCUGACCAGCCUGCUCUGUACAGUGACAAUGAGGAACCCCUCUCUUCCUUAAGUAGGAAUCUGUGAAGCAAAAUGUUUGCUGCCAGAGAAAAAUCAGACUGUCAUUAAAAACAGCAUUAGCAGGAUGAGGAUACGAAUGGGGAAGGGUGGUGGGCAAUGCAGUAACAGGGAAAUGGUUUCAGAAAUGGUUUGAGUUGGAAGACAACAUUCUUCAUCUCUCAGGACCUCUAAUUCCUUGAUGCUAAAACAAGAAGUAUGGAUUCUAUGAGCUUCCAAGUCCCUUUCCACUUUAACCGUCUACAAAUUUUCCAGAGGACUGCCUAGUAGCAAAGGUUAUUCCUGGACACAGGAAAGACAGGCAUUACAGGGACCAAAGCUCUGAAGGGUGACUUUUAUUACCAACACACUGGCUGGAAAAGGGACAAACCACAUCAUGGGUGAGUGACACUUCUCAGUCUGCUACUACUCAUUCAACAAAGGAAAUGUGGGCUGGGGCAGAGGUCUUUUUUCAUUUAAUACUGGAAAAAUACUGAAGAGCAUCCAUGUUCACUUAUGGCUGGUUUUGCUAUAGAAAUUGGAAAAUAAAGGCCACUUUCUUGGACUCCCCAGUUUAAUUAAACCAGAAUUUGGCCUAUUGGUAUAAACAUGUCAGAAGGUAAGUUUGAGAUCAACUAGCAGCUAACUAGUUCUAAUAGAACCAGUCACAGAAUAGUGGGCUAAGAUUAGAGGUAAAACUCAUUCUAGGCCAGUGGUUCUCAACUUUCUACCAUAUUGCAAGC